AGCGUGGCUGUGUAUUGGAAGAGUGCCCUCCGUUCACUCGCCUACCUCUAACCAGCGUAUCGCUGUCGUUUCUACAUUUGCUGAGCGCUAAAACCAGCGCUGGAACUAAACAUGGCGCGUUGGUGGCCAAUUUUAAGCGUUUUGCUGAUUUCCUGUGCAGCUGCACAACGUCAGUCGGACAAACUUGAGGGCGUCGAUGUUGAAGAAGUGUGCGCCGAUCGUCCCGCUGAUGAGUACUUCCGUCUGGACACGGAAGGUGAUUGCCGUGAAGUUUACAGGUGCGACAGUGCCGGAGAAGAUGGCAGCAAUCGCUUGGCACCUAUCCGUUGUGCCGGCGGUUUGGCGUUCGAUGUUAUUCGCCAACUGUGCGAUUGGAAGACGAACGUCAAAAAUUGCGAUGUCCAAGAAAAGCCACGCAAGGCAAAGCCCAUUCUGAAGACGGAUGAGCCCAUUUGCCCAGAUGGCAAACUGUCCUGCGGCGAUGGCGAGUGCCUGGACAAGGAACUCUUCUGCAACGGCAAGACCGACUGCAAAGAUGAGUCCGAUGAGAAUGCGUGCUCGGUCGAUGAGGAUCCCAACCGUGCUCCAGAGUGCGAUCCCACACAGUGUGCUCUGCCAGAUUGCUUCUGCUCCGCUGAUGGCACACGUAUUCCUGGUGGCAUUGAGCCACAACAGGUGCCACAGAUGAUCACCAUUACGUUCAACGGUGCUGUCAAUGUGGACAACAUUGAUCUGUACGAGGAUAUUUUCAAUGGCCAACGCCAGAAUCCCAACGGAUGCUCCAUCAAGGGCACCUUCUUUGUUUCUCACAAGUACUCGAAUUACUCGGCUAUUCAGGACUUGCAUCGUCGUGGUCAUGAGAUCUCUGUCUUCUCACUCACACACAAGGAUGAUCCCAACUACUGGUCUGGCGGCAGCUACGAUGACUGGCUGGCCGAGAUGGCCGGAUCCCGAUUGAUUGUCGAGCGUUUUGCCAACAUCACCGAUGGCUCCAUCAUCGGCAUGCGUGCUCCUUACCUGCGUGUGGGCGGCAACAAACAGUUCGAGAUGAUGGCAGAUCAGUUCUUUGUGUAUGAUGCCUCCAUCACGGCCUCCUUGGGACGUGUGCCCAUCUGGCCGUAUACCCUGUAUUUCCGCAUGCCACACAAGUGCAACGGCAAUGCCCACAAUUGCCCAUCGCGUAGCCAUCCCGUUUGGGAGAUGGUGAUGAACGAAUUGGAUCGUCGUGAUGAUCCCACUUUUGAUGAGUCUCUUCCUGGUUGCCACAUGGUCGACUCCUGCUCCAACGUCGCCUCUGGCGAUCAGUUCGCACGUCUGUUGCGCCACAAUUUCAACCGUCACUACAAUACCAACCGUGCUCCACUCGGUCUGCAUUUCCACGCCUCGUGGCUCAAAUCGAAGAAGGAGUAUCGCGAUGAGCUGAUCAAGUUCAUCGAGGAGAUGCUGGGACGCAAUGAUGUGUUCUUCGUGACCAAUCUGCAGGUCAUCCAAUGGAUGCAAAAUCCCACAGAGCUUAACUCGCUGCGCGACUUCCAGGAAUGGAAGGAGAAGUGCGACGUCAAGGGGCAACCCUACUGCUCCCUUCCCAACGCCUGCCCUCUGACCACCCGCGAGCUUCCUGGUGAGACGCUGCGUCUGUUCACGUGUAUGGAGUGCCCCAACAACUAUCCCUGGAUCCUAGAUCCCACCGGCGAUGGCUUCUCUGUUUAAGCUGUUGCCAUAGAGUCUCUCUCUUCUAUUUCCUUUCUUUAAAACAACAAGAGAACAACUCAUUUGUGGUUCAACCGAGAGUCUGAUUAACUAAAAACAAACCCAACACAAUUUUACUCUUUCUAAGUGUUCAAGCUUUAGAUUUUUUUGAAUAUUGUGAAAGUUUCUAUCUAAGAAUUUUCUCUACCCUGCAUUUGACUUACAUUUUCCCUUUCUCCCACUUUAUCUACUAUUUAUGCAAAUAUCUCUUUAAACUCUUAAUUUCUUUUCUUUGUAUUUGUAUCUUUUUCAACUACCUUUUUUCUACUUUCACUACUAGUUUUGUUUUCCAUCUGUUGUUUCAUUUUCCCUUUUAAAUUUUUGAAUGAUAAAGUGGUUUGUUUUAAUUUACACACACACACAAAACAACAACAAAAACCUUUGCUGCUUCUUUGUUCUGUUCGAAAAAAACCUUUUUCACAAAAAAACCGCGCCAAAAAUCGCAGCAGCUAAAAAUAUUUUUGUAAUUAUAUAAGUAUUUUUUAUAAGAAAAAUAUAAAAAAUAUACGAAAAAAAAAAUAU